AUGGGCGAUGCCGCGGAUCAGCAGGCUCCACGACGACAGCGAAGUGGCAGCCUCGAAGGCACCCCCAAUGGCGACAAUGCCAAGCGACAGCGUACCACGCGAGGGAAAGGACUCCGCACGCGAUCUGGGUGUACUAGCUGUCGUACGCGAAGAGUGAAGUGUGAUGAGGCGAAGCCCAUUUGUGCUGCAUGCGUGAGGAGGGAUGAUGAUUGUGUUUAUCCGAGCGUCGAUGAAACAGCUUCGCAACGACAGAAUGGGUCCAAUCGAGGAGCCUCUAAAACGGCAGCAAGUCGACCAACUGUCCCCGAGCGGAAGAUCGAAGUCAACAGUGGCUCUAACGCAUCGGGUAAUCGUAGUGCUGCCACGCCACGAAGUACGACCGGCGAAGGGCAAGAAGAUUGUUCUGCAAGGUCGGCAGAGUCAGACAUACCAGUUCCUUCGCAGCCAAAGUCUGCACUGUCGCUUGAUCCCAGCGAUCGAUUCCAAGAUACGGUAGUACUGGUCGACCAACCUGUCUUGCAACAUAACGCAACGGGAGCACUGCCUACACCGCCAGCCUGGUACCAGAGUCUUGACCAGAACAUUGAGUCAGAUCCGGAAGGUUGGCAAAUAUGGGCAGCCAGCCCUGAAUCUUCCUGGAGCAACCCACCUGGAUACACGGCAGAGACAGCCUCUCGUCUAUGGUUCGGUCUCUUAGCAAAUGAUGCUACCACGAGUGCUACCGGCAACUUCAGUGAUGACCCUUCGGCAGCAGCGACAUGUGCGCCAACCAGCGAAACUACCAGUGCCGUUGCGCAGAAUUGGGUCGAAGGUGCUGCGUUAAAGUCUGGCGGGAUUCGCAGUCAGACCAUUCUCAGUUUCCCAGAGGAAGCGAUCACUCUCGAUCCCGAUGAAGUUGUCCUCUUCCGACAUUUUGUCCUUAUCCUCAGCACAUGGCUCGAUAUCACUGAUCCUGAAAGGUCUUUCGCAGUAGUGGUCACUGAUAUGGCUUUGAGGAACCGGGGUGUCAUGUGUGCCAUCCUGGCACUCUCCGCUCGUCACCUCUCAAUCUGUCCGACAGACACCAGCAUCAAUGGUAGCGAAGCCCCUCCUGAGACGCUAGCUGUCAAGUACUACUCUCAUACACUACAGUACCUUCAACGCGCCAUGCAGCAUGCUCCCUAUCUAACGAGCGAUGAACUGUUGGCAACCGUUCUGGUGAUAUCAGCAUACGAAAUGCUUGACACAGAAGGUCGCGAUUGGGAGCGACAUCUCAAAGGUGUCUUCUGGAUACAGCGUUCCCAGCUCAUACAUGGCGAGUCAGAAGGUUUGAAGCGAUGCAUCUGGUGGGCGUGGCUGCGGCAAGAUAUAUGGGCCGCGUUCAAAGAACGACGCAAAAUUCUCAGCUUCUAUGUGCUGAAGCGGCCAUGUUCAGAGUUAGAUUUCUGGGAACUCGUCAAUCGAUCUGUCUUCCUCCUUGGUCAAUGCGUCAACUAUGCCAGCGACAAAGAGAUACAGGCUGGAGCAGUCAAUACCCAAGCACGCAUAGCUCGCGGCCGAAGUCUAUGGGCGAGCUUGGAGGAGUGGAAUUCAUGCUUCGCUCCCUUCGAUCGACGCCUGCCGACACUACCAACAAACAACUUUCCAUUCACGCCAAUCUGGAUCAACCCUCCUGCCGCAAGUCUUGCUGUGCAAGUACAUCACUUUGCUCGCUUACUGCUAUUAGACCUGAUGCCAGCGAUUGGAGGUCUAGCGGAGCUAACGAAGCGUGCUGAGAACGUGCGUGAGUCAGUGGCUGCCAUCUGUGGCAUUGCGUACUGCACCACGGAGUCCGCGGCUAUGCUCACAUCUACUCAAUGUCUAUAUGCUGCUCGGCCACAUCUCAAUGCGUCUCAUGAGGUGGAUGCAGUCAAUGAGCUGUUGCUGUCACAUCAGAAGCAGACGGGCUGGCCGAAUGGCGAUAUUCAUCUUGAUGUUAGGUGA